UGGAUCGUGCACCACGGAACCGGACACUCGCUCGGUGCAAGAAUAGCCAUCAUGGCGGCGGAUCCCGGGCUAGAAAUGGCCUCAAUGAUCCCAGCCUUGAGAGAGCUAGCCAGUGCGAGUCCCGAAGCGUACAAUACUAUUGUUCAGAAGCCGAGACAAAUUCUUUGUCAGUUUGUAGACCGGAUUCUUACUGAUGUAGAUGUCGUUGCCGUGGAGCUGUCUAAGACGAUGGAAUCUCUUCCGAGUUCUGUGAUGCUGCUGGACUUCAUUAAGCACAUCAUGAAAUCCUCCCCGCUCAUGUUUGUCAGCGCCAGCGAGAGCAAUCAGCCCGGUGAAACCGAUCGCAGCUGCAUCGAGUUUAGCAACUGGAUCAUCACAAGGCUUCUGCGCAUCGCGGCUACGCCAAGCUGUAAAGCUUUACAUAACAAAAUCGCUGGUGUCAUCCGAUCGUUACUCUUUCUUUUCAAGAGUAAGAAGCCAUCCCUUUUUGGUGUUUUUACAAAAGACUUACUAGAUCUCUUUGAAGACCUUAUUUACUUACAUGAGCAAAACAUGGAAGCGUCUGUAGACUGGCCAGUGUCUAUAUGCAGGUUUCAAGCCAAUGCCAGCGAAAGCCACAUCUCUCUGCGUUCCGCUCCUUUCCAGCUGCCAAGCAUGCAGCAUGUCGAAGCUCUAGAACUCACGUUACUGAUGAUAUUGACAGACCAUGAUAACGAUGUUUCCGCUUUUUAUUUCCAAAGACAGAAUCUAAUUCUGUGGGGGAUAGGGUGCUCUUUGUUGGACCAUGGAAGCCCCCUUCUUAAAAGUCUUGCCUUGAAUUUCAUUAGAGAGCUGAUCAAGCUCGGGGGGCCACCUGAACAACCUGCAAACUAUUUCUUCACUGUGUUUUUUGGGUUGCUUGCACACAUCAAAGAAAUGGAUCCUGAAGAACGUUCAGUCUAUGAGAUGCCGUUGUUGGAGUUGGUGACCGUCUUAUUCCCUGUUGAGUCUGACUCUUACUUAAGCAUCCAACCUAUAUACCUAAACAUGCUGCUGGAGAACCUUGUGGCGCUAUUUGAAGCUGGUAUCUUGCAGAAUGUUUCCUCUGACCCAUUAAGAAGAGCACUCUGCUACACGUUUCACUAUUUCCUAAAUGUUGUUCCCCCGGGAUACGAAUCUGCUGUGGAAGUUCGGGAGAGCCUUGUUUGCCGCAUUACCAAAGUCUUUGUUGAGGUCCUUGGAGCACAGCGUCAACAAGUGUACCUGCUGAGCUCCCUGUCUGCGGCUCUGCGAAAGGACGGCCUGGAGUAUACCCAGCACCCGCAGCAGGUACAGCCCCUGCGUCCUGACUCCGAAUGUGGCGGAAGCAGCAGCGAUGAAGUCCACGAGAAAAGGCCUCGCUUGAGUCUGACCGCAAAACAAUCAAGAAAGCAUUCUUCAUCCGGAGGGAGUGUUCCAGUGGACAUGAAAUCAAAGAGUGCUCUCUGGAGAGAUAUUGACGUGAAGCUCUCCUCUCUUCUGCACACCCUUCGGCGUGAAGAUAUCACCGAGGAGGAUGUGCUGGGUUCGCUGGAAGGCGUCGCAGUCAUUCUGCAUGUUGCUGCUCUUUGCACCAGUCAUUUCUCCUCCGCAAUAAUUAACCAGAAAAAUUCAAAUUUGGGUGAAACUGGUUGUACGCGACCACUAGACGUAAGACCCCAGCUUAUCUGGCUUAGUGUAGAUGACAUCAUGGGAAUACUUACGACAUGCAGGAUGCUACUUGAUUCUGGAUGUCCGAAAACAAACAUGAGCAUUGUGUGGAUAAAGUUGGUGAAAAUAUUUGACGCCUUACUAUAUAUACAUGUGACUAGGCAAUUAAAUGACACAAUCCUCCGGUGCCUGUGUGAAAUGGCUUCUUUACCCUGGAUUCACAGCCAUUCCAACCAUCCUUCCUUUAAGGUGGCCGCAUUUGACCCUGCGCUUGUAAAAUUAAGUCUUCAGGUCUGUGAGACUUCAACGCCUGAAACCCAAUCUCACCUUGUAUUUCUCUUGUCGCUGUUCCCAAAUACGAUAAUUCCUGAAUGGAGAUUAGCGGUUUACCAUUGGGCUCUGGAGAGUCCAAAUGAUAUGGUGCGUGCUUACUGUAUUAAAGGCUUUCCUAUUCUUCUUCGCCAUGUUGGCCAACAAAUUUAUGGUCCCAUCCCAGAGAUUUUCCUAGAGCACUUGGAUGAUGAGUCCGAGUUGGUGAAGAGGGAGUUUGCCGGUGCUAUAGGCAAGUUAGCCUGUGGCCUUGCAUGUGGUUUUGAUCUGAAGAAUUCACCCGUGGAGCCGUCUGCAGAAUGUGAUCUCCUCUGCGGCAGCCUCAGGGUGAUGAUAUUACCGACUCCUGAACCCUCUCGUGUUUGCGCCUCGGCUUUCAAACCCUUCCUGUCGCUACUAGACAGAAGCACGCCAAGUUCUGUUAAAAUGGCCUUUAUUGAGAAUAUCCCAGAACUUUUUGCACACCUUGAUACUAAAGAUGGAUUGGAUUUGAGGGCCGUGGUUGAGGCGUUGCUGAAUCUUAUGGAAGAUCCAGACAAGGAAGUCCGAAUUGCUUUCAGUGGGAAGAUUAAAUAUAUAUUGGAGGUAGCAGACUCUGAGCAAGGCUAUCUAAAAGAGCUCCUUGUUACUCGGAUGAAAAGGGCUUAUACAAAUGCCAAGAUUGCCCGGGACAAUGAGAUGAAAGACACACUGAUUCUUACAACAGGAGAUAUAGGAAGAGCAGCGAAAGGUGACAUGGUGCCAUUUGCCCUUUUGCAUUUGCUGCACUGUCUUUUGUCCAAAUCCACAUCUGUGUCCGGGGCUUCGUACACAGAGAUUCGAUCCCUUGCAGCGGCAAAGUCUAUCCGGCUUCAGGAUUUUUUCAGUCAAUAUAAGAAGCCUAUUUGCCAGUUUCUUGUGGAAUCCCUCCACUCCAGCCAGAGGACCUUUCUCUGCAGCACCCCAGGUCUGAGCACUGAGGUCCAGAAUCAGGAGGCUGCCCAUCACAGGGAAGCGGCACUUGACAUGAUGUCUGAAAUCGCGAAUGUGUUUGAUUUCCCUGACCUGAAUCGCUUCUUGACACGGACCUUGCAAAUGUUGCUUCCAUACCUUGCGGCCAAAGCCAGUCCUACGGCCUCUGCUCUCAUCAGGACAAUUGCCAAGCAACUCCACGUAAACCGAAGGGAGAUCUUGAUUAAUAACUUCAAGUACAUCUUCUCCCACCUAGUCUGCUCAUGUACAAAAGAUGAACUAGAAAAGUCACUUCAUUAUCUGAAGAAUGAGACUGAGAUUGAAUUGGGCAGCUUGCUGAGGCAGGACUACCAGGGGUUGCACAAUGAAUUGCUUUUGCGGCUGGGCGAACAUUAUCAGCAAGUCUUCAACGGGCUCUCCAUUUUAGCAUCAUUCGCAUCAAAUGAUGAUCCAUACCAGGGGCCAAGAAACAUUACAAAACCAGAGAUAAUGGCAGAUUACUUGCAGCCCAAACUAUUAGGGAUAUUGGCUUUUUUUAAUAUGCACUUAUUGAGCUCCAGUAUUGGGAUCGAAGACAAAAAGAUGGCCUUAAACAGUUUGGUGUCCUUGAUGAAACUUAUGGGACCCAAGCAUAUCACUUCAGUUAGAGUAAAGAUGAUGACCACUCUCAGGACCGGCCUUCGAUACAAAGAGGACUUUCCAGAGCUCUGUUGCAGAGCUUGGGACUUGUUUGUCCGGUGCCUGGACCAAGCAUAUCUCGGUUCCCUCCUCAGCCACGUCAUUGUUGCAUUACUGCCUUUGCUUCAUAUCCAGCCGAAAGAAACCAUGGCGGUGUUUCACUAUCUCAUAGUGGAGAACAGAGAUGCUGUUCAAGAUUUUCUUCAUGAAAUCUAUUUUCUACCUGAUCAUCCAGAGCUUGGCGAAAUCCAGAAGGUUCUACAGGAAUACAGAAAAGAAACAAACAAAAGCACCGACCUCCAAACCGCAAUGCAAUUAUCCAUCAAAGCAAUUCAGCAUGAGAAUGUGGAUGUCCGAAUGCACGCCCUCACCAGUCUGAUUGAAACCCUGUAUAAACACCAGGCUAAACUAUUACAGUAUUCGACAGACAGCGAGACUGUAGAACCAGUUAUUUCCCAGCUGGUGACCGUCCUAUUAAUCGGGUGCCAAGAUGCUAACCCGCAGGCCCGCCUGCUGUGUGGUGAAUGCCUUGGACAACUCGGCGCCAUAGAUCCAGGUCGACUGGACUUCUCAUCAAGCGAUACACAAGGGAAGGGUUUCACUUUUGUUACAGGAGUUGAAGAUCCAAAUUUCUCUUAUGAGUUACUUACGGAGCUAACCAGAGCGUUUCUUGCACAUGCAGAUAAUGUCCGUGCUCAGGAUUCAGCUGCCUAUGCCAUACAGGAGCUGCUGUCAAUCUAUGAAUGCAGAGAGGGAAGGAUUGAUUGUCCGGGGCGAAGGCUCUGGAGGAGAUUCCCAGAACAUGUUCAAGAGGUCCUGGAACCUCAUCUUAAUACAAGAUACAAAAGCUCCCGGAAAGCUGUAAACUGGUCUAAAAUGAAGAAGCCUAUUUACCUGAGCAAGUUAGGGAGUAACUUUGCAGAUUGGUCGGCAACCUGGGCAGGGUACCUUAUAACUAAGGUCAGGCAUGAACUUGCAAGAAGAGUCUUUAAUUCUUGCAGCAUAAUGAUGAAGCACGACUUCAAGGUGACCAUUUACCUUUUACCGCAUAUUCUGGUCUAUGUUUUGCUGGGCUGUAACAACGAGGAUCAGCAAGAGGUGUAUGCUGAGAUUAUGGCAGUUUUGAAGCACGAAGACCCAUGGGUUCGGCGAUUACAAGACAGUGCCUCGGAUCUGAGUCAGCUCAGUACACAGACUGUCUUCUCGAUGCUGGAUCAUCUCACUCAAUGGUCACGGGAGAGGUUUCAGGCGCUCAAUGCGGAAAAAACCUCCUCCAAGCCUGGGAACCGACUAGACCCAAAGAUAUCUCAAGAAGACCACCUAGAGUAUCAGAAUGUGACCAGGUUCUUAGAGCUUAUACCCCAAGACACUUUGGCCAUAGCUUCUUUCCGCUCCAAAGCCUAUACCAGAGCUGUCAUGUACUUCGAGUCCUUCAUUAUGGAGAAAAAGCAGGAGAUUCAGGAGCACCUUGGAUUUUUACAAAAAUUGUAUGCCGCUAUGCACGAGCCUGACGGGGUAGCUGGAGUAAGUGCCAUUCGCAAAAAGGAGGCGUCUUUGAAAGAGCAGAUCUUAGAGCAUGAAAGCAUCGGUUUGUUGCGAGAUGCCACUGCCUGCUAUGACCGAGCCAUUCAGCUGAAACCAGACGAGAUCACUCAUUAUCACGGAGUUGUGAAGUCCAUGCUGGGACUUGGCCAGUUAUCUACAGUAAUCACGCAAGUCAAUGGAGUACUGAACAGCAAACCCGAAUGGACAGCUGAAUUGAAUACAUAUAGAAUUGAGGCGGCAUGGAAACUGUCACAGUGGGAUUUGGUGGAGGAUUACCUGUCUGCAGAUAACAAAUCCACCGCUUGGAGUAUCAGACUUGGGCAGCUCCUGCUCUAUGCUAAGAAAAGUGAGAGGGAAUUGUUCUAUGAUACGCUCAAAGUGGUGCGAGCGGAGCAGAUCGUGCCUCUGUCAGCUGCUAGUUUUGAGAGAGGAUCCUAUCAACGUGGAUAUGAAUACAUUGUAAGGUUACACAUGUUGUGUGAACUUGAGCACAGCGUGAAGAUGUUGCUACAGAAACCUGCUGGGGAGCCUACAAAGGACACGCUGAACUGGCUGGCACGUCUAGAAAUGACCCAGAAUUCCUACAGGGCCAGGGAGCCCAUCUUGGCGCUGCGCAGAGCGUUGUUAACCAUCGACAAAAGACCUAAUCACACUGAUAUGAUUGGCGAGUGCUGGCUCCAAAGCGCUAGAGUCGCUCGCAAAGCGGGGCAUCACCAGGCAGCGUACAACGCUCUGCUCAACGCCGGGGACUCCAGACUGUCUGAGCUUAACGUCGAACGUGCUAAGUGGCUUUGGUCCAAGGGUGACGUGCACCAGGCUCUCAUCGUCCUUCAGAAGGGAGCGGAGUUAUUCUUGCCUGAUAACAGCGCCCCUCCAGAGCAGCAGCUCAUCCACGGCAGGGCUAUGUUACUGGUAGGACGUUUCAUGGAGGAAACCGCUAACUUUGAGAGCAACGCAGUGAUGAAAAAAUAUAAAGACGUAACCAGUCUGCUGCCCGAAUGGGAGGACGGCCAUUUCUAUCUUGCCAAGUAUUACGACAAGCUGAUGCCGAUGGUGACAGACAAUAAGAUGGAGAAACAGGGUGACCUAAUACGAUACAUAGUAUUUCACUUUGGCAGGUCUCUGCAAUACGGGAACCAGUACAUCUACCAGUCAAUGCCGCGCAUGCUCUCGUUAUGGCUGGACUUUGGAGCAAAAGUAUAUGAAUGGGAGAAAGCUGGCCGGGCUGACAGACUGCAAAUGAAAAAUGACUUGGUGAAGAUUAACAAGGUCAUUACAGACCAUAAAAAUCACCUGGCUCCUUACCAGUUCCUAACAGCCUUCUCUCAGCUGAUCUCCAGGAUCUGUCACUCCCAUGACGAAGUGUUCGCGGUGCUCAUGGAAAUUGUGGCCAAGGUCUUUGUGGCUUAUCCUCAGCAGGCCAUGUGGAUGAUGACUGCCGUAUCCAAGUCAUCGUAUCCAAUGCGUGUGAACAGAUGCAAGGAAAUACUCGAGAAAGCUAUUCACAUGAAGCCUGCUUUAGGGAAAUUCAUCGGUGACGCGACGCGGCUCACUGAUAAACUCCUAGAGCUGUGCAAUAAACCGGUGGACGGGAACACUGGCACUCUGAGCAUGAGUGUUCACUUUAGGCUGCUCAAGAAACUGGUUGAGGAACAAACAUUCAGUGAGAUCCUGAUUCCGUUACAGUCAGUGAUGAUCCCAACAUUGCCGUCUACUGCAGGGAAGCGCGACCACGCUGACCAUGAUCCUUUUCCGGGGCACUGGGCAUACAUCGCUGGUUUUGAUGAUGUUGUUGAGAUCCUGCCAUCUCUCCAGAAACCGAAGAAGAUCUCAUUGAAAGGAUCUGAUGGAAAAUCCUACAUUAUGAUGUGUAAACCAAAAGACGAUUUGAGGAAAGAUUGCAGACUUAUGGAGUUCAACUCCUUAAUUAACAAAUGUCUGCGUAAAGACGCAGAGUCCCGGAGGAGAGAGCUUCAUAUCCGAACCUAUGCCGUUAUUCCAUUGAACGACGAAUGUGGAAUAAUAGAAUGGGUUAAUAACACAGCAGGUUUCAGGAACAUACUAAUCAAAUUGUACAAGGAGAAAGGGAUAUACAUGGGUGGAAAGGAUCUUCGCCAGUGUAUGCUUUCCAAGAGCGCCCAUCUACAGGAAAAGCUGAAGAUGUUUAAGGAGACUCUUCUGCCUCGUCAUCCUCCAGUAUUCCACGAAUGGUUUCUUAGAACAUUUCCUGAUCCUAUUUCUUGGUACAAUAGUAGGUCAGCCUACUGUCGGUCGACUGCUGUGAUGUCCAUGGUUGGUUAUAUACUGGGUCUUGGGGACCGACAUGGAGAGAACAUUCUAUUUGAUUCAUUUACUGGGGAAUGUGUGCAUGUGGAUUUCAAUUGUCUCUUUAACAAGGGAGAAACAUUUGAAGUUCCAGAAAUUGUCCCAUUCCGCUUGACUCAUAACAUGGUUAACGGGAUGGGCCCCAUGGGGACAGAAGGUCUCUUUCGCCGAGCAUGUGAAGUCACCAUGAGGUUAAUGAGAGACCAGAGGGAACCAUUGAUGAGCGUCCUGAAGCCUUUUCUGCACGACCCUUUGGUAGAAUGGAGUAAACCGGCGAGGGGUGGCAGCAAAGUUCAAGCAAAUGAAACGGGAGAAGUUAUCAAUGAAAAGGCUAAAACACAUGUGCUGGACAUAGAACAGCGCUUACAGGGAGUAAUUAAGACUCGGAAUCGUGUGAAAGGACUCCCGCUGUCCAUUGAAGGACACGUUCACUACCUGAUCCAAGAAGCUACUGACGAGAACCUUCUGAGCCAGAUGUACCUGGGCUGGGCACCGUAUAUGUGA